CAGCAUGCUGUCACCCGCAUGCACCGUGAAGUUGAAUGUUCAGCAUGCGGUCAUGGCGAUAUGUUAUACAGCUUGCAGAGAAUGAGGUGCUGAUGAGCCCUUGUUCCUAUUGAAGGUGAUGCAGAUGGAUCAUGACAGAGCAGGCAGCACCUCCAGACUUUGCAGAUGGUAGGUCUCAAGAUCAUCACUUUGUCUCCACUUGAAAUCCAUUUCUCUCAGACUAGAAUACGGUCCGAAUUUCAAGAUGGCCGUAGCUUGCAGAUGGCCCUGGACAAGAUUGAGGACAAAGAAGUGAACUUCGAUGAGGAUGCCCUUUUGCUGGUCACUCCUUUUCCACGAAUUGAAGUGACGAGGUGGCGCUGCAAGCUUCGUGAUGAAACGGGCGCAGCUCGGGUCGAUGCGAAUGGCAUGGAAUUGUACAGCCAGGAGGAACGGUGGUUUAGCUUUGACAAUCGCCGCUUGUGGUGCUUGCAGCGCGCUGCUGUGAAGAAGUGGCCGAAGAAGGUUUACUGCGAAGUGUUUGAGAUCUCCCAGACCUUGGCAAAGACCCGAGAGCUUCGGAAGUUUGACACUCGCACCUUUGGGCUCAGUGUGUUGGUUGGGCGAAGAGAAGAGCUAAACCUGGAGAAGUGGUGCUGGAAGACUGAGGUGGGCUUGCCUGUGGAAACUGCUCCUGAGGAAGGGGUGGCCUUGUCCGCUUUGCGGCAACGCAAGGGCCUUGAGACGGAGCGAGGACAGAUAUCCUGGAGGCACCAGCGCAAAUCCAGGCGCCAUGAGGAUGAGUAUGAAGAGACGCAGAAAUUCUCUGCUUUGGAAAUCCUGCGUGGAUUGCUGCUAUUCAUGAUUAUUUACCUUGGUCUUCGCGUAUGCGUAAUCCUUUUCCAGAAGUACAGAUUGAAUAUGAGCAUGUCUUCGAAUUCCACUGUCGGGGUUAACAUCAGCCUGUGAGUGGGUUGAAAGACCUCCUUAUCCAGUGAAUUCAUGCUCAGCGCUGCUUCCAGCGCUUGGUCUUGAGUCGUAGUCUCGCGCGUGAAAUGGCACACUGCCCGUCCUUGCCCAAGGCAUGGACGGGCGACGCGAGCGACGCGGGCGACGUGCGUUUGGCUCAAAAUAGAACCCAGUGCACUGCAAGGUUGUUGUCUCAAAAUAGAACUCACGUCACGACCACGAGUUCUUUGAUUGACAAUACUUGAAUCACAAUCACUUGGGCAGUCCAUGUGCAGAUGAAGACCGAGAGUGCAACGAAACUAAACCUAAAUCUGUGAGGAAUUUUGGCUGCGCUUCACGCAUUGGUUGAUAUAUGCUUGCGAGGGUUCUUGCGUGUGAUGAACUUGGAGUGGC